AUGAUCGUUCACACGGGUGGAGACAACAAUCCCUUCGCAGUGAUGCCAGAGCAGCUGACGACCAGCCGGCCCAGCAGGGAAUCUGACAGUAAUGUGAAAACUGCCACGCAGAGUCCACGCAACAGAUUUCCGCCUGCUGUGGAGGAUCCUGGGAAGCCAGAUCCUGUUAACCAAGAUGGCGAAAAUACUCACAGCCCCACAGACGGCUUCUUCGGCUCCAAAGUGGCAGUGUUUGCGGCCAUCGGUGCUGGCUGCAUGAUCUUCGUCCUCAUCAUCAUCUUCUUGGUGGUGCUGCUGAUCAAGAUCCGCAAGCGGCACCGGAAGCACACCCAGCAGCGGGCAGCAGCCCUGUCGCUCAGCACCCCAUCCCUUAUGCUCUUCUCCAGACCAAGAGAUGCUGGUUGUCCCUGGCCAGACUGA